AGGAGCCUACAGCGUGUUUCCGGUAAGACCAGGCCGAAAGACAACACAGUAAUCUAUGUAGCCGACAGUACUUACAAUAGUGGAAUAGAAUAGUGGCCGAACAGUUGUCAGCAAUUACGGGACACUUUUGGGAGUGAAAGCUUUAGUAAUCCCCCAGGAGCUGCAGCAGCGCCUAUCGGCUAAAGGAGCGGCAGCUGGACUGCAAUGGAAGCCCAGUUUCGGGAAAUCGAUGAACUCGGGAGAUGGAGCGCCAUUUACCAGGAAAUUCGGCAGCAGUCAAGCGAGCUGCCCUGCAAACAUGCCAAAUUACCUGAAAACAAAACUCGGAAUCGCUACAGAGAUGUUAGCCCAUUUGACCACAGCAGAAUCCGCCUGCAGCUGGGUACAAAUGACUACAUAAAUGCCAGCCUAAUAUCAGUAGAGGAGGCACAGAGGAGCUAUAUCCUUACUCAGGGACCCCUUCCUACUACAUGUGGUCACUUCUGGGAGAUGGUGUGGGAGCAGAGGACUCGUGGGGUGGUGAUGUUGAACCGAGUCAUAGAGAAAGGAUCUAUCAAAUGCGCCCAGUACUGGCCAGACAGAGACGAGAAAGAGGCUAUCUUUGAAGACACCAAUUUCAAGCUCACCCUUGUUUCAGAGGACAUCAAAUCUUAUUACACAGUCCGUCAGCUGGAGCUGGAAAAUAUGUCUACACAAGAAACCCGUGAGAUUUUACAUUUCCACUACACCACCUGGCCUGACUUUGGAGUCCCAGAGUCUCCUGCCUCCUUCUUGAACUUCCUGUUCAAGGUGCGAGAGUCAGGCUGUCUCAAUUCGGACCAGGGACCGGUGGUUGUGCACUGCAGCGCUGGCAUCGGACGCUCCGGGACCUUUUGUCUUGUUGACACCUGCCUCUUACUGAUGUCCAUCCGCAAGGACCCGUCAUCUGUGCAAAUCCGUGAUGUGCUACUGGAGAUGCGGCAGUACCGCAUGGGCUUGAUUCAGACAGCAGAUCAACUUCGCUUUUCCUACCUCGCUGUCAUUGAAGGUGCCAAGUGCAUCAUGGGAGACACAUCGUUGCAGGAAUCAUGGAAAGAGCUCUCAAACGAGGAGGAUAUCCCUCCAGAGUUCACACCUCCUCCUCCUCCUCCUCGUCCGCCUGCCAGAGACCCUCACAACGGCAAAGUUGAGCCAUCCUUCUUCCCUGAAAAUGAGAUCAUCCAACAGAAUGAGAUCCACAGUCUGGGGUCCUCACUUGAGCCUGAGCUGCGAAGGAGGAAUAUUGCAGCCUCCGAGCCCCCUGCCGAGUCUGCUGAUCAGCCUGAUUGCCAGAUGGGAAACCAAGAUCAUACCUCCAAGUCGCAGCAGGAGCAUGAGGCGGAGGAGGAGGGGCUGACCCAGGCGGUGCAGCAGCCGGAGGAAAGCUCCCCUGCGGCAGGGUCCUGGUCCCCCACGCUCACCAGCGUGUGCCUGUGCACGGCGUUGGCUGUCGGUGCUUAUGUCUGUUAUCGAGCCUGUAUCCACUGAUGUCUUUCCUUCCUCCUCCCUUUGUUCCUCCCUUUCUCUUCACUGUUUUUGCAGAGUGAAUGAGGCCGCUUGGACAGCCUUCUUUGACUCUGGGUUUACUCUGAGAGCGAGUGGAUUAUUUGGACUUCACCAGAGUCGGGUUCACUCGUUCAGUUUAUAAAUGCAGUGCAAGGAGUUGGUUGGUUGGGGGAAAAGGGCUGCUGCUUCCCUGUUACCCACCGCAACUCCCCUCAAACUGUCAGUUUGGAUGCUCAGGGCCUCAAUUUUCAGGUGUCACAUCCCAAAUACAUGUGCCGACGUAAAAAUAGCAAGAGUCCACACACGUUUCCUUUUUUUAUAGCAGUCUGUAGAGAAAAUGUUAUGUUUUAGCUCCUGUGUUCUGUGAACUGCUCGGUGAACCAGCCCAUUUUUUUUUUACACAUGUGCCCUCUCUACAUUUACCAAAUGACACUCAUAAGUGUUCUUCCAUUUCAGCCUUUACCAGUGUGUCCAGUAGGCUUUUGCUGUUUUGUUUUUUCAUCACAAAUCUUUCUUUUCCCUGACACAAAUGGAUCAGAAAUCACAGAGCCAGAUUUUUGACCUGCCUGUCUCAAAGCAAACCAAUAAGGGAGAUACCAAACUUUUUUUUUUUCUUUUCUUUUUUUGUUCUGCUGUAGAUGGGUCAGUAUUAAACCCAAAAGUGAGGUGAAAUAUGCGGAAGCAAGAGGGAGGCGACCCUGUGCCCAAUAGAUAGCAGAUGGAUGUAGGAAGGCCACUGACGGUGUUAACUGUCUUCACCAGUGGGUCGUGUAUAGGGCUGCACAGGGCAUGCAGGUUGAGUGUGUGUGUGUGUGUGUGUGUGUGUGUGUGUGUGUGUGUGAGAAUUUGUUGGAGUAGUAGUUUUUGGCGCUUUCUACUGAUGCUUGAGUUAAAUCUACACAGUGAGAAAUACUCAUGCUAAUAUAUUAACAUUUACGUCAAAUGUGAGCUGUAAUCGAGGGUGCCUCCCGGUAAUCGAUUCCCCGUGUUUUUUUCCCUUCCCUGGUGGCUCAACAGUCUGCGAGUCAGUACAGUCUGAUUUGAAUAGCGGUGGUGCGUUCGCUGCACGUCCCGAGCUGUUCUGUUUGACUCGGUGUGACAUGCCUCGUUCUCCCUUUGCCUGGCGUUCUUAAAAAUUGGCACGAGCAAAAUCUUGACCCAAAUAGAUGUUUAAUAAGUUGUUUAAUAAGUCAGCUCCUCAGGAGUUUCUUUGUUUUUGUGAAUUCAGGGAGAGCAGCUUUUCAGUUGCCGUAAUGGGUGAAAUCUGUGGAGGCUUUACACGCUGGGAGAGGUGAGUGUCUGACACGCCCGAGUGUGCCUGAUACCUGUUGUGAAGUCUCAGCCACAUUUACGCACAAGAAUGCCAGCUUAACCAAUGGUGAAACAAAGUAGCUGUGCCCCACUCUUUUCGCCAGCAAUACAAAUACUUAGCCGUGUGUCGCCCUUUAAAGUUACUAACCUCUGAGUGCUAAACCAUCCUGCCUGUCUGAACCGGGAACCAGGGAUUUUGAACAAACCAAAAAUCAAACACCAGCACAGGGAUAAAUAACAAAAUACACUGUAGUGAUGAUCUCUUUUGUCAUGGCGUGGCCCUGAGCUGGCAAUAUUGUUUUUGUAUGAUUACGUUUAACUUCUUAGCAUGCUGCAGUUUCAAAUCAACAGGUUUGUCCUAAGAAGAGAUUAGUUCAGCUGCUAGCGUUCAGUUUACCUUUACGACUCAAAAGUACAGAGCUUGAGUCCAACAGCUGUACCUUUCUCUAGAAUGUAUAAAUGUCCUAUCUUUGGACACAUUAUUAUAGAUAUAUAUAUCUAAAUAUAUAUUAUUUUUUUCAAAUCAGGUUUCAAUGUGCUGAGUUAUUUUGUUCUGCUUCAGUAAGGGAUUAAAUCUCAGCACCUGGGCAGACAUUGCACCAGUUUUUCCUGUAUUUCUAUACUUAUGCUGAGCUUGAAAACAUGUAUUUUUUAUUUACACUCAUUGUUUUUUUUUUUUUU